AUGCCCACUGUUACCGUGCACGGGUUCAUCCUCACCGUCGCCGCCGUGGCCGGAGUUCACAUCUCGCCGCGCCUGGCAUACCGCGCCGAGCAUGUGCACACGCGCGGCAGAAUUCCCAGCGCCUCUGCGCUUCCGGCCGGGCGUUACGUCGGGUGCGCCGCUGGUUCUCGCCGCUCUGCUCCGCCAGUCCUCUUCUUCGACCAGUACGAUAAGGACGCGAUGCGCCUCAUCAUGGACGCGCAGACCGAGGCGCGCCAGCUCGGCGUCGAGGCCAUCGGCACCGACCACCUGCUCCUCUCGGCGACGCUGCAGCGCGAUGGCGUCGCCGCGGCGCUCAAGCGGUCGGGCGUGGAGACCAAGGCGGUGCGCGACGAGCUGGCGCGCGCGGCGGGCGGCGGCGUGAGCGCGGGCAAUCCCCUCGAGAAGCUCUUCGCCUCCACCGCCAAGGACGAGCUCCUGCCCUUUGCGUCGGACACCGAGCGGUCGCUGCGCGCGGCGCUAGAUGACGCAAAGGGGCGCGGCGCAGAGCUGGUCUCGCCAAAGGGGCUGAUGCUGAGUGCGGUCGCGGAGGGCGCGUCGGACGGCGGCUCCGCCGCCGCGCUGCUCGCCAGCCUCGGCGUCGACGUCGCCGCGGUGGUGAAGGAGCUCAAGCGCAGCGACGCCGAGGCGGUUGGCGCGGGCGGAGAGCGGCGCAAGGGAGGCAACUCAACCCUCGAGCAGUGCUCGGUCGACCUGACGCAGCGGGCGCGGGAAGGGAAGCUCGACCCGUGCGUCGGGCGCGCCGACGAGGUGCGCCGCUGCAUGAAGAUCCUCGUCCGCCGCCGCAAGUCGAACCCGGUGCUGAUUGGAGACCCGGGCGUCGGCAAGACUGCGAUCGCCGAGGGCAUCGCGCAGCGCAUCGUGGACGGCGACGCGCCGGAGCGGCUGCUCGGGAUGCGCGUGCUCUCGCUCGAGCUCGGCCUGCUCGUCGCCGACACGAAGUACCGCGGAGAGUUUGAGCUGAUGUACCGCGGCGAGUUUGAGGAGCGGCUCGAGUCGGCGACCUCCCGCGAGCGGCUCAAGUCGGUGAUUGAGGAGGUGACGCAGUCCAACGAGACGGUGCUCUUCAUCGACGAGAUCCACACACUCGUCGGCGCGGGCGCCGCCGAGGGGGCCAUCGACGCGGCCAACUUGCUCAAGCCCGCACUCGCGCGCGGCGAGCUGCAGUGCAUCGGCGCGACCACGAUCGCCGAGUACCGCAAGUACAUCGAGAAGGACGCCGCGCUCGAGCGGCGCUUCCAGGCGGUCAAAGUGGACGAGCCGUCCGUCGCCGAGACGGCCUCCAUACUCACCGGUCUGAGGCCAAAGUACGAGGAGUACCACGGCGUCAAGUACAGCGACGGGGCGAUCGCCGCCGCGGCAGAGCUCGGCGCCAGGUACAUCUCGGACCGCUUCAACCCUGACAAGGCGAUCGACCUGAUCGACGAGGCUGGCGCGGCGCUGCAGAUGGAGGCGUACGACGGGGGCGGCGCCGCCGGCGCGACCGUCGGCGAGGCGGAGAUCGCCGAGGUCGUCGCCGACUGGACGGGGAUCCCGGCGUACGUGGGGUACGAGGCGGGCGGCCAGGCUGCGAGCGGCGUCUCUUCACACCUCGAGCUGUACGUGGGGUACGAGGCGGGCGGCCAGGCUGCGAGCGGCGUCUCUUCACACCUCGAGCUGUACGUGGGGUACGAGGCGGGCGGCCAGCUGACGGAGGCCGUGCGCCGCUCGCCGCAUACGCUCGUGCUCUUCGACGAGAUCGAGAAGGCGCACCCGGACGUGUACAACGUGCUGCUGCAGGUGCUCGAGGACGGCCGACUCACCGACAACAAGGGGCGAGUGGUCGACUUUACGAACGCGAUGCUCGUCCUCACCUCCAACGUGGGCUCGCAGCAGAUCCUCAACAUCGCGGGCGGCGGCGGCGGCGGCGGCGGCUACGAGGCCAUGCGCGGCGCGGUGCGGCGAGAGAUGUCGUCGCGCUUCCGGCCUGAGCUGCUCAAUCGGCUGGACGAGGCUCCCCGUCGUCGUCUUCGAGGCGCUCUCCCGCGCCGAAGUGUCCGAGGCGAGGGCCGCGUGCUGCUGCGCAACAAGCGCGGCAAGACGCGGACCUAUGAGCCGGCCACCGCCGCUGGCGGCAUCGAGGGCGGCGACGCAGCGGAGAGCGCGGCGCUGCUCUCGGACGGCCUCCCGAAGGCCAACCCGCUCGGGCUGCCAUGA